AUGAAAAUAAAUAAACCUUUAAAAACUAAAAAAGCUCCCGUGAAAGUUGCUCGAACUAAAGCCUUAACCCUCGUUAAAACUAAACCAACUAAAAAAGACACUGCCGCCUAUUACCAAUGCCUUUGCCAACAAGCUCAAGCCGGUUUUACCCACAAAAAAGUUAGUGAAGCUUGCCAUGAUUGUAAACAUUUAGCCCCUAGUUUAGGGGUUCAACGAGCUAAAGAACUUAAAAAGUUAACCCAAGCUUAUCAGCAAAUUGUGGGCUAUGGCGUUUUUCAUGGUCACCGCUUAAAUAAAGACUGCUUUUUAUGCCCUUAUCGGGGCUUAAUCUUUAUGGGUAGUUCCGUAGUUUUAGGAAGCUUUUUAGCUUAUACGGCCUUAGCUAUGUUCUUUAAUUAUUCGUUAAAGUUAGAAAACCUCCAAAAAGAACUUUUAGCUACCGUUAAACCCGGAAUGAAGCCCAGUGAUAUUAAAAAGCUUAAAAGAAGUAAAAGCUUAGGAGAUAUUCCCGCCGCUCCUCCUUUGCCCUUAGUUCAAGAGCAAUUAAAAGAAAAACAGCAAGAGAUUGAGCAAUUAAGAAAAGCUUUGGAAGCAAAAAACACUGAAUUAGCCCACACUAAAAGCGAACUGGACCAAUCUCUGGAAGCUCGUUGUCAAGCUUUAACCACUUUUGGUCAGGAACACGAGAAAAGAAACAAAGCCCAACAAGAGUUAAAUGAAACGGUAGAAGAAGCCUCUAAUGAAAUAGGACGUGGCGAUAAGCAAAACUCUUCUUUAAGAACGCAGCUUUUUCAAGCUAACCAACAAAUAAGCACCCUCCAACACGAAUUAAGUUUAGCCAGAAUUAACCGGAAUAAAAACUUGCCCGCUAGCCCCCUCGAACACCCUUUUAACUACUGGUCCUAUGCCCUAUAUGCUUGA